AUGGAAGAUUAUUUGGCUUUUAAGGAAGGUGAAGGUUCCUAUCAAACAGCUAAUGCUGCUGGCAAGAAGCUAAGCAUAAUUUUAUGUGGUGAACCUCUUGGAUCAACCACAACCAACCUUAUUGUUGGUGGAGAAUUCCAAAGGGAUCGCAUUGAUCUAAUUCUUGCAUUCCCAUGCAGUUCUGGUUUUGGAUCCCUUUUACUGGUGAGGGCAUCAAUGGACGAUGGCAUGUAUAUGACAGUAGAAAGUGUGUGUGAUAAGAGGUUAGUUGCAUGA